CCACAAAGCGAAUACAGACCUGCACUCACUUUGAGCCAGGACUUCAUUGAAUAACAUUUUCCUGACUUACAGAUAUGAAUUUAAACUAUUUGUUUCCUCUCCAGAAGCCUCAUUAAACCAUCUACCCAUCUGUUCUUCUAAGGGGAGGGAAGAAGUAAGCAGUCACCAUGAGCACCGACGCCGAAAUGGAGUGCUUUGGCCCGGCUGCCGCUUACCUGCGGAAGACCGAAAGGGAGCGAAUCGAAGCUCAGAACACUCCGUUUGACGCCAAAACAGCGUACUUUGUGACUGAGCCCAGCGAGAUGUACCUCAAGGGAAAACUCAUCAAGAGAGAGGGCGGCAAAGCGACUGUGGAUACUCUCUGUGGAAAGACCAUCACUGUCAAAGACACUGAAAUCUUCCCCAUGAACCCUCCAAAGUUCGAUAAGAUUGAGGACAUGGCCAUGAUGACCCACCUCAGUGAACCGUCUGUGUUGUAUAACCUCAAAGAGCGUUAUGCAGCAUGGAUGAUCUAUACCUACUCGGGUCUGUUCUGCGUCACUGUGAACCCCUACAAGUGGCUCCCGGUGUACGAUGCAAAGGUUGUCUCUGGAUACAGAGGGAAGAAGAGGAUUGAGGCUCCACCCCACAUCUUCUCCAUCUCAGAUAAUGCCUAUCAGUCCAUGCUCACUGACCGUGAAAAUCAGUCCAUUCUUAUCACUGGAGAAUCCGGUGCUGGAAAGACAGUCAAUACCAAACGUGUCAUCCAGUACUUUGCAACAAUUGCAGUGGCUGGAGGGAAAAAAGCGGAGCAUGUUGCGGGAAAAAUGCAGGGGUCGCUGGAAGAUCAAAUCAUUGCAGCCAACCCCUUGCUGGAGGCUUAUGGUAAUGCCAAAACUCUCAGGAAUGACAACUCAUCCCGCUUUGGUAAAUUCAUUAGGAUCCAUUUUGCAUCGUCUGGGAAGCUGGCAUCAGCGGACAUCGAAACAUAUCUGCUGGAGAAGUCUCGAGUGACGUUCCAGCUGUCUGCAGAGAGGAGCUACCACAUCUUCUAUCAGCUCGCAACAGGCCACAAACCUGAGCUCAUUGAGGCUUUGCUGAUCUCCACAAAUCCAUACGAUUUUCCCAUGAUCAGUCAGGGUGAAAUCACAGUGAAGAGCAUCAAUGACAUUGAGGAAUUCAUGGCCACUGAUAUUGCCAUUGACAUCCUGGGCUUCACUUUAGAAGAGAAGGCAUACAUUUACAAGCUGACCGGAGCUGUGAUGCACCACGGGAACAUGAAAUUCAAGCAGAAGCAGCGUGAAGAGCAGGCUGAGCCUGAUGGCACUGAGGUGGCAGAUAAAAUCGCCUACCUCAUGGGUCUGAACUCUGCUGAUUUGCUCAAAGCGCUAUGCUACCCCAGAGUGAAGGUCGGGAACGAGUUUGUGACCAAAGGCCAAACUGUCCCUCAGGUCAACAAUUCCGUCAUGGCUCUCUGCAAGUCUGUCUAUGAGAAAAUGUUCUUGUGGAUGGUCGUCAGAAUCAAUGAGAUGUUGGACACCAGGCAGCCCAGAAGCCAGUUCAUUGGUGUCCUGGAUAUCGCUGGGUUUGAAAUCUUUGAUUUCAACAGCUUGGAGCAGCUGUGCAUCAACUUCACCAAUGAAAAGCUGCAACAGUUUUUCAACCACCACAUGUUUGUCCUGGAGCAAGAAGAGUACAAGAAAGAGGGAAUUGAAUGGGAGUUCAUUGACUUUGGUAUGGACUUGGCAGCCUGCAUUGAGCUUAUUGAGAAGCCAAUGGGCAUCUUCUCCAUCCUGGAAGAAGAGUGCAUGUUCCCUAAGGCAGAUGACACGACCUUCAAGAACAAACUGUACGACCAGCAUCUUGGUAAAAGUGCCCCCUUCCAGAAACCUAAACCUGCCAAAGGCAAAGCUGAGGCCCACUUCUCUCUGGUGCACUAUGCUGGCACUGUUGAUUACAACAUUUUUGGCUGGCUGGACAAGAACAAGGAUCCUCUGAAUGACUCAGUGGUUCAGCUCUACCAGAAGUCUUCAGUCAAACUGCUGGCUUACCUCUAUGCAUCACAUGCCUCAGGAGAAGCUGAUGGCAGUGCCAAGAAAGCUGGUAAGAAGAAGGGUGGUUCCUUCCAGACUGUGUCUGCUUUGUUCAGGGAGAAUUUGGGCAAGCUGAUGACCAAUCUGAGGAGUACACAUCCUCAUUUUGUGCGCUGCCUCAUUCCUAAUGAAUCAAAGACUCCAGGUCUUAUGGAGAACUUCCUGGUCAUCCACCAGCUCAGGUGCAAUGGUGUGCUAGAGGGAAUCAGGAUCUGCAGGAAAGGUUUCCCCAGCAGAAUCCUCUAUGGUGACUUUAAGCAGAGAUACAAAGUAUUGAAUGCUAGCGUCAUCCCAGAGGGGCAGUUCAUUGACAACAAGAAGGCAUCAGAGAAAUUGCUGGGAUCCAUCAAUGUGGACCACACUCAGUAUAAGUUUGGUCACACCAAGGUGUUCUUUAAAGCUGGGCUGCUGGGAACUCUGGAGGAGAUGAGAGACGAGAAACUGGCUGAGCUGGUCACAAUGACUCAGGCUCUUUGCAGAGGUUUCCUGAUGAGGAGUGAGUUUGUCAAGAUGAUGGAAAGAAGGGAGGCCAUUUAUUCUAUUCAGUACAACAUCCGCUCAUUCAUGAAUGUCAAAACCUGGCCAUGGAUGAAGCUGUACUUCAAGAUUAAGCCUCUUCUGAAGAGUGCAGAGACUGAGAAAGAGAUGGCCCAAAUGAAGGUGACCUUCGAAAAGACCAAAGAGGACCUAACAAAGGCUCUGGCCAAGAAGAAAGAACUGGAGGAGAAGAUGGUUUCUCUCCUGCAGGAAAAGAAUGACCUCUUAUUGCAAGUGCAGUCGGAAGGUGAAAACCUUUCUGAUGCUGAGGAAAGGUGCGAGGGGCUCAUUAAAGCGAAAAUCCAGCUCGAGGCCAAAUGCAAAGAGACAGCUGAGAGACUGGAAGAUGAGGAGGAAAUGAAUGCUGAGUUGACUGCAAAGAAGAGGAAGCUGGAGGACGAAUGCUCUGAAUUGAAGAAAGACAUCGAUGACUUGGAGCUCACACUGGCCAAGGUGGAAAAGGAGAAACAUGCCACAGAGAACAAGGUCAAAAACCUCACAGAGGAAAUGGCUUCUCAAGAUGAGACCAUUGCCAAGUUGAGCAAAGAGAAGAAAGCCCUCCAAGAGGCCCAUCAGCAAACCUUAGAUGAUCUCCAGGCAGAAGAAGACAAAGUCAACACUCUGUCAAAGGCCAGAGUGAAGCUGGAGCAGCAAGUGGAUGAUCUUGAGGGUUCCCUGGAGCAAGAAAAGAAGCUUCGUAUGGAUCUUGAGCGAGCAAAAAGAAAGCUGGAAGGAGAUCUGAAACUGGCUCAGGAAUCCAUAAUGGAUCUGGAAAACGACAAGCAGCAAUCUGAGGAGAAAAUUAAGAAGAAGGACUUUGAGAUUAGCCAGCUCCUGGGUAAGAUCGAGGAUGAGCAGUCUCUUGGAAUCCAGCUACAGAAAAAGAUAAAGGAACUUCAGGCUCGCAUUGAAGAGCUGGAGGAGGAGAUUGAGGCUGAGAGAGCUGCUCGGGCCAAGGUGGAGAAGCAGAGGUCGGAUCUCUCCAGGGAACUCGAGGAGAUUAGCGAGAGGCUUGAAGAAGCUGGAGGAGCCACUUCAGCUCAGAUCGAGAUGAACAAGAAGCGCGAGGCUGAGUUUCAGAAGCUGCGUCGUGAUCUUGAAGAGUCCACCCUGCAGCAUGAGGCUACCGCUGCCGCUCUGCGCAAGAAACAGGCCGACAGUGUGGCAGAGCUCGGGGAACAGAUCGAUAACCUUCAGAGAGUCAAACAGAAGCUGGAGAAGGAGAAGAGUGAAUUCAAGAUGGAGAUUGAUGACCUUUCAAGCAAUAUGGAGUCUGUCGCCAAAUUAAAGGGAAACCUUGAAAAGAUGUGCAGGACAUUAGAGGAUCAACUCAGUGAGCUUAAAUCUAAGAAUGAUGAGAACGUCCGUCAGCUAAAUGACUUGAGCAUACAUAAAGCAAGGCUUCAGACUGAAAAUGGUGAAAUUGUCCGUCAGCUGGAGGAGAAAGAAGCUUUGGUUACUCAGCUGACAAGAGGCAAACAGGCGUAUACCCAGCAGAUUGAAGAGCUAAAGAGGCACAUAGAGGAGGAAGUUAAGGCCAAGAACGCCCUGGCUCAUGCAGUUCAGUCAUCCCGCCAUGACUGCGACCUGCUCAGAGAGCAGUAUGAGGAGGAGCAGGAGGCCAAGGCUGAGCUGCAGCGAGCGCUGUCCAAAGCCAAUAGUGAAGUGGGUCAGUGGAGGACCAAAUACGAGACUGAUGCCAUCCAACGCACUGAGGAGCUGGAGGAGGCCAAGAAAAAACUUGCCAUGCGUCUUCAAGAUGCAGAGGAAGCCAUUGAGGCGAUGAAUGCAAAAUGUGCCUCCCUGGAAAAGACCAAACAGAGACUUCAAGGUGAAGUGGAGGACCUGAUGAUUGACGUGGAGAGAGCUAAUUCUCUGGCUGCUAACCUGGACAAAAAGCAAAGAAACUUUGACAAGGUUCUUGCAGAGUGGAAGCAGAAGUAUGAGGAGAGCCAGUCAGAGCUGGAGGGAUCUCAGAAGGAGUCUCGGUCAAUGAGCACUGAGCUGUUCAAAAUGAAGAACUCAUAUGAAGAAGCUCUGGAUCACUUGGAGACCCUGAAGAGGGAGAACAAGAACCUGCAACAGGAGAUCUCAGAUCUGAGUGAACAGCUUGGUGAAACAGGCAAGACUAUUCAUGAGCUUGAGAAAGGAAAGAAGACAGUGGAGAGUGAGAAGUCGGAGAUCCAGACUGCUCUUGAAGAGGCAGAGGCCACUCUGGAGCACGAGGAGUCCAAGAUUCUGCGUGCUCAGCUUGAGCUCACCCAACUCAAGAGUGAAAUUGACAGGAAAAUUGCAGAGAAGGAUGAGGAGAUUGAGCAGAUCAAGAGGAACAGCCAGAGGGUGAUCGAGACCAUGCAGAGCAGCCUGGAUUCUGAGAUCAGGAGCAGGAAUGACGCCAUGAGAAUCAAGAAGAAGAUGGAGGGAGACCUCAAUGAGAUGGAGAUUCAGCUGAGCCACGCCAACCGCCAGGCUUCUGAGGCCCAGAAACAGCUGAGGAACGUGCAAGGACAGCUGAAGGACGCUCAGCUGCACCUUGAUGAAGCCAUUAGAAGUCAGGAAGACAUGAAGGAGCAGGUGGCCAUGGUGGAGCGCAGGAACAACCUGAUGCUGGCUGAGAUCGAGGAGCUGAGAGCUGCACUGGAGCAGACGGAGAGAGGCCGCAAAGUGGCUGAACAGGAGCUGGUUGAUGCCAGUGAGCGUGUGGGACUACUGCACUCUCAGAACACGAGCCUUAUCAACACCAAGAAGAAGUUGGAGACUGAUCUGGUCCAGAUCCAAGGAGAAGUAGAAGAUGCUGUCCAGGAAGCAAGAAACGCUGAAGAAAAGGCCAAGAAGGCCAUCACUGAUGCUGCCAUGAUGGCAGAGGAACUGAAAAAGGAGCAGGACACCAGUGCUCAUUUGGAGAGGAUGAAGAAGAACCUGGAGGUGACAGUGAAGGACCUGCAGCACCGCCUUGACGAGGCUGAGAAUCUGGCCUUGAAGGGCGGCAAGAAGCAGCUCCAAAAACUGGAAUCUAGGGUGCGUGAGCUCGAGGGUGAAGUUGAUUCUGAGCAGAGACGAGGAGCAGAGGCUGUCAAAGGUGUUAGGAAAUACGAGAGAAGAGUGAAGGAGCUCACCUAUCAGACUGAGGAGGACAAGAAGAACAUCAGCAGACUCCAGGAUCUGGUGGACAAGCUGCAGCUCAAAGUGAAAGCCUACAAGAGACAGUCUGAGGAAGCUGAGGAGCAGGCCAACAGUCACCUGGGCAGGUACAGGAAGGUUCAGCAUGAGCUGGAGGAGGCUCAGGAGCGCGCCGACAUCGCCGAGUCUCAGGUCAACAAGCUGAGGGCAAAGAGUCGGGAAAUUGGAAAAGGAAAGGAUGCUGAAGAAUAAUCUGUACAUCUUUGUGAGAUUAGUGAGAAUCAUAAAAUAUGAUGUUUCAUUGAAAUGCUCUCACAAAAUAUGUAGAUGUACAUUCAAUAAAUAAAUAUAUAUAUAU